UUAGUGCGUGGUGGUGGUGUAAGUCCUGGCCUGCCCACUGCGAGUGGUCACUGUUUGCAGAGGAAGAGAGUGUGUUGUGCAAGGGCCGGACUGGCCAGGAAGCAGUUGCACAGACCUUUAGCCGAGUCGAGGCUCUCCAAAUGAAAGCCCAAUCAACAAGCACAGCUCUCUGUCCCCUCGAUAUGUUGCUAUCGUUCCUUGGAGCCUUUCCGACUGCCUGAUAGCGAUACAAUGAUCAGUCUUUCACUGCCCUUGUCGUAUCCGAACCUCCUUCUUCAUCUCUCGUGUAUCGGAUUGUUCUUUAAUCAGGCAUUUCUGGGAUCUGUCAAAGGCACCAGUGAUUCGCCUAAUUUUGGUGAUCCCUCAUCAAUUGGAGAGGGAUGGCCAGCAAGCUUCCAGUGUCAGUGCCAGGGACUGACCCAGGGCCACUCCUGCAGGGAGGAGUUGUGCACACUCCGGACUCCGGGGGAGAUCUUCCUCAUCCGGUUCCCCACUGACAACAGACUCUCUUCCAACUUGUCUUGCAUUCAUCACGUCUUCAAUUCGUCGGUCAGCACCAUCAGGCGACUGGCGGGGAGAGGCGUCCAGAGCGGGGAGCUGGUGUGGCCGCCGGGGCUCCGUGCGCUGGUCACCUACUGCCGUGGUCAUCUGCAUGCGAUGAUAUUUACAAAGGAUCGGAAGAUUCACAUUCACCCAAAGGAGCUGGAACGAUCUACUGAUGGAGGGGGCAUUGCCCCACUCGUUGGCUUCCAUUACCCGCUCUCAGAUGGCGCCCGGAGACCUGCUCGUGACAGACACAUCAGACGCCGGUCAGCGCAGGACACAAAACAUCUGGAGCUCCUGGUUGUGGUGGGGCAGGAUGUGUACAAUGUUCACAAGCAAGACACAGAACGCUACAUCCUCACCAACCUGAACAUUGCUGCCGAGCUGUUGAGAGAUGCUUCCUUGGGAGCACAACUGCGAGUCCACCUGACGAAGAUAGUCAUUCUGAGAGAACCUGAGCUGGAACUGCAGAUCACGAAGAACCUCACCUCGUCUCUCAUGAGCUUGUGCAGGUGGAGUCGAGCGAUCAACCCGGAGAAUGAUUCUGACCCAGUCCAUGCCGACCUGGUUCUAUACGUCACCAGGUUUGAUUUGGAAUCAGAUGACGGCAACAAGAUGGUUCACGGCGUGACCCAGCGCGGAGGCCUGUGCAGCCGCGCGUGGAGUUGUGUGAUCACCGAGGACACCGGCUUUAAUCUCGGCAUCACCAUCGCCCACGAGAUCGGCCACAGUUUUGGCAUCAACCAUGAUGGGGAUAGGAACGACUGCGCUGGGAACCUGCAUAUCAUGGCGGCCGCGGGCGGCUACAACAGCGUUGACCUGACCUGGUCCAAGUGCAGCCGUGACCAGCUGGCAAAAUUCUUCAGAGCGAGGCGAGGGACAUGUUUGGAUGACUUCCCAGCCACAGAAUCUGACCUCUCCAGCCAGAAGCCGGGCCUGUACUAUGGCAUGGACGACCAGUGCAAGAUAGCCUUUGGAGGCAAGGCCAUCUCUUGCAGCUUCAGCCAACACGACAUCGAUGUGUGCAACGUUCUAUCGUGUCACGCGGAUCCAUCAGACCACAGCACGUGCACCCGCCUGUUCAUCCCCCUGCUCGACGGGACAGAGUGCGGCCCUAACAAGUGGUGUUUAAGAAGGAGUUGCAUGUCUCUCGGGGACCUGAAAAUGAUCGGGGCCGUCCAUGGGGCGUGGUCAAGUUGGAGCCCAUUCAGCGGCUGUUCACGGAGUUGUGGGGGUGGGGUCACGUCGAGGCACAGAUACUGCAACAAUCCAAGGCCUGGUUUUGGUGGCCGUAAGUGCGAGGGAACAGAUCUGGAGGCAAAAAUGUGUAACGCACAGCUUUGCCAGGAUAGCCAGCUUGACUUCAUGGCUCUACAGUGUUCGGAGACCAAUUCUCAGCCUCUGGAACUGACACCCAGGGUCCCAGCUUACUACAAGUGGUUGCCUGCUGUUGGUUACGCAAAAGGGAGUGUGCUGUGCAAGUACAUGUGUCGUGUGGAUGGGAUGAGCUUCAUGUUGAGUCGGGGGGACAGUUUUGUGGAUGGAACCAGAUGUGAGUCGAGUAACCUGGAGACAACAUCGCUGCACAAUCUGUGUGUGAAAGGACAUUGCAGGGUGUUCGGCUGCGAUGGAAGGAUGGACUCUGGCCAGAUGUGGGACAGCUGCAGGGUUUGUGGUGGUGACAACUCCAGAUGCCAGAAGAUGGUUGGCUCCUACACGGAGGGCACAGUCCAGGAGUAUGUCACUUUCCUGACGAUCCCACCACAUUCCACAAAUGUCCGCGUUUCCAAUACCCAGGCUGUCUUCUCUCAUCUAGGGGUGAAAGUUAACGGGCAGUAUGUUGUUGCUGGUGCCAAGAAGCUUUCGCUCAACACAUCAUAUCCCAGCAACCUGGAGGACAAUAGAGUUGUGCACAGGUUGUAUCUGACCCAGCAGAACCUGCCGGCCUCUGAGGAGAUCAUCAUCCAUGGACCCACACGUGAAGCCAUUGAAGUGCAGGUGUACCGGAAAUAUGGGAAGCAAUAUGGAGAUGUUGUGAAUCCCAACAUCACUUACAGCCUCUACGUGCCCAAGCGAGGUUAUUACUAUGACUGGCUCCCAGUUACAGGGGCAUGUUCAACAACAUGUGGGCCAGGAUCUACAAGAGUCCAUUACGUGUGCAGAGACCAGAGCUCUGAGCAAGAGGUGGCACUACAGCACUGCUCCCAGUCAGUGAGGCCAGCAGAUAGGUUGGAAGCUUGCAACAUCGCAUCGUGUCUCCCUUGGUGGGAGGUGGGCAAGUUUGGUGCGUGCAACACCUCAUGUGGCGGUGGACAGCGGGAAAGGGACGUUCGUUGCCUGAAGCAGGAGGCACUGGAGAAGCAGUGGACCCCUGACACCGACUGUACUGACUCUCCCAGGCCCCAGUCAAUGGAAAGGUGCAACGAACACGGCUGCCCGGUCAGGUGGAAUGUUUGGGAGACGAGUGUCUGCUCUGUGUCGUGUGGAGUUGGAACUGUUGAGCGGUCAGUUACCUGUGUCCAGUUCAUCAACGGCGCGGACGUGGAAGUGAACCAGACACGGUGUCCGGCAGAAACCCAGCCCCUGGGCAUCACUCCGUGCAUUGUCAGCAUCUGCCCCUUCGUGCUGGAUCAAGUACCCUGGUCUGAGGUGUCCAAUCAAGUGAGGAAGGAGAUUAGAAAAGUCAUGAACGUCACAGCCUUGGCAAGAAUGCCAACACAGAGUGACAGUUAUCUCUGGGUUCCUAUAAAGGGCCCCUGUUCUGCUAGCUGUGGCCAAGGAGUAUCAGAGAUCAGGUACAUGUGCAUCAAUGUUGAGACCAAGAAGGAAUCACAACAAGAAUAUUGUGAUCAGAGCUUCCAACCUCAGCUGCAUUACAUGCCAUGUGCCAAUAAAACAUGUCCCCCAUGGUGGGAAGUCCAUGAGUAUGGGCCCUGCAAUGUAAGUUGCGGGGGUGGAGUACGCGAGAGGGAAGUGUACUGCGUAAAGAAAGCGAGGUAUUUGUACCUAAGGGUUCCUCCCUUGGAAUGUGGCAACGCUCCAAGACCGAUCUCCAUGGAGAUGUGCAAUUCUGAUCCCUGUCCUGUAAGAUGGCGGUACAAGUCUGAAUCGUGCAGCAUGCCAUGCGGAGGAGGGGUGAGGCGCAGGCUCCUGUAUUGCACAAAGGUACUACCUGACCGAGAAGAGCUGACAUCAGACCACGAAUGUCUUCACUUGAACCGCCCCGAGGACCUUGAAUUUUGCCAUCUCCAUCCUUGCCCGCCAAGGUGGCAGGUUUCGGAGCCGGGACGGUGCUCGGUGCUCUGUGGGGCCGGUCUGGCGGAGAGGAGGGUGAUCUGCGUCCAGCUUCACAACGGGACGGAUGUGGAGGUGAAGAGAGGCCGCUGCUCGGGGCAGGAGGAGCCGAUGACACUGGUCCCAUGCGUGGUCAGCUGCCCCUUCGGCUGGACUCCCCAGAACUGGUCGGAGUGUUCAGUUUCCUGUGGGCAUGGUGCACGUACCAGGCAGUUGCUCUGUGUCAACCUCGACUCCACGGAGGUUGUGCUCGAUGCCUCCUGUGAUGAGCUGACGAAGCCUGCCACACAGGAGCCCUGUGACGUAGGACCCUGCUCAACCCAGCCAGCUCUUCAGCCUGUAGCUCCGACACCGGCUCCCACAGGGGUACCCGCAGCAACACCACAGCCCAGUACAGAAUCAACUACACAGGCUAAAAGCUCAAAGAACGAAGGUUUCUGCGGGAAGCUGCUGCUGAGUAAAUCAGGGAUGCUGAACCUGACUGAGUUGCAGCUGAGGGAGUGCACAUUCAGCAUUGUACGUCCGCUGGAUGAAGUCAUUACAGUCCACGUUCUGUCCAGCACCUUAAACUGCAGCAUGAGGGACACUUUGUCAUUUUGUGGGCGACGACUGUUUUGGAAGACCUGCUCCCCACUGAAAGGGUUCACACUCACAUCUACCACCAACACACUAACAGUCAGGCAGCGGAGCGGCUCCAAGGGCAGUGGAGCUGUCCUCCAAUACUCCAGCAGCCUCUCGUCCCGGCAGUACCAUAAAGAAUGUGAUGUCCAGCUACAUGGCCCAUGGGGUAUAAUAAAAAGCCCCAUGCAGUCCUACAGGGAGGGCCAUGCCUGCCGUACAUUUAUCAAUGUAUCUCCCAUGGACAGGAUCAUAAUCAGAGUCCUGCACCUAAAGUUUAACAUUAGGGUGAAUACUACCACAUCUGACUACAUUCUGAUAAAGGAUGUCAGUACCCAGAGGUAUUCUGCAUAUCGCGGUAACAGCCUGUUCUUCUGGCAGUCACUGGGAAGCUCUGUUGAAAUUGAAUUCCAUGGAGAUUUCCAAUUCCGGGCCUUGUACAGAGCCAUGCCAUCCUUAAAUGUGAGGGGCGUCCACCAACUGAACUGUGGGUAGUGAAAAACUGUGGCAGAUUCCCCAUUUCUGGAAUGUUCUCUCGCUGACCGGAUAUCCAUGCAGCAGCUGAUCAUGUCUUGCCCAAGCUGUAGCUGUAAGGACUUGGCAUUCUCCGAACUACAUGUAGACUGUCCCCUUCCCAUGUUCCCACCAUUGGAAACCAACCCUUCCUUGACCUAUUGCUGUAACCGUCCGUUUAAAGAAUCUGCUUCCAGACACGACUGAGAGAUUAUAUGCUCAAGUGAGACAUGAGCCCACUAAUUACUGACCCAGUAAGGAAAGUGCUUCCCACUUAGCCAAGGGUGACGGUUUGUUCCACUGAGUGAAGGCUCGUGUCCACAGCAAUUGACAUCGCCAACUGCGGUCACGUUGACUCCAGCUCCACUUCACGCUGCCUCGGAAAAGUGGUCGACCCAACCAAAGAUUUGUCAUUCCUUCUCUUCCUCGCUUCCAUCUGGCAAAAGCUACAGAAGCUUGAAAUCGAGCACUGUCAGACUCAGGAACAGCUUCUUCCCCUCUGUUAUCAGGCUUCUGAACCAUCCUGUAAGCCAGGAUAUUGUCCGAUUCACCUCUAUCCCAAAGAAGGCAUUGGACUUUGUCUAUGGAACUGUUGCGCUACAAUGCUGAGAACUAUAUUCUGCAAUUGGUAUCUUCCCCUUUGCUCUACCCAUUGUACUUGAAAUUGACUUGAUUGUUUUAAUGUAUAGCAUCAUCUGAUCUGUUUUGAUAUCAAAACAAAGCUUUUAAUUGCACCUUGGUACACGUGACAAUAAUAAACGUAAACCUAAAUAAAAA